AUGGCUGAUCCAUCAGAUGAUGUGUUAUUACAAAUCGACAAUUGUAUCGACACUUGGUCAUCAAAAAUGGCAACGGCUAGCGAUUUUCAACGUUUAUGUAAUACUAUAUCGGCUAACCUAGCAAAGAUUAAUAGCCACACAAGUGAUCUUGAAACGCUUGUAAAAAAAUUAGGUACACCAGAAGAUAGUGAACCAUUACGAGAACGUUAUCUUCGUCUACAAAAUGAAACAAAAUUAUUAAUGCAAGAAACAAAUCAUAUUCUUCAACAACUUCAGAGUAUUCCUCUAGCAAGUGAGGCUGAUCAGAAACGUAGAAAAAAUUUGGCUGAAACUUUACCAAAACAAUAUUUAGCAAUAUUGAAUCGUUUUCAAGAAACACAACGUGCAGGUGCUAGAAAAGAAAAAGAAAGUCUUGAACGUGCUCGAGCUGUUACAUAUCGACAACAAAGUAUACAUGAAUCAAAUAAUACUGAUACAUCUGAACCUUCAAAUACUCAACUUCAACAACAAUCUAUUUUACCAAUGGAACAAGAAGUUGAUCUAAGAGGUUUAAGAGAACGUGAUGAACAGUUACGUCAAAUUGAAACAAAUAUUGUUGAAGUUAAUGAACUAUUCAAAGAUGUUGCUCAGAUUGUUCAUAGCCAUGGUGGAAUAAUUGAUUCUAUUGGUGAACAUAUAGCUGAUGCUGAAACGCAUGUAGAAUCGGGUAAUCAAAAACUAACAAAAGCCGUUUCUUAUCAGACUUCUGCUCGACGUAAAAAAAUUAUUCUAAUUACAAUUUUAAUCAUUGUAUUAGUUAUUUUGGCUCUUGGAUUGUAUUUGGGGCUUAGAAAGUAA